UAACUCUUCUGGGCACUCCAGCGAGUUCUCAAACAGAAGAUUCCUGCUCUCUGAAGUCAGACUUCACCUCCAUCCACUGAUCCAGCAGCAUCUCUCGUCCGUUUUGUUUUUUCUCCACCCAGAAGACUUCAGCAGCCUCUGCAGCAGCAUGACUCCUCGCUCCGUCCUCCUGUGCGUCCUGGCGCUCUCCUCCUCCUUCAGCACCAUCCUCUGCGGUCCCAUGUGCAACAACCAGUGCUGCCGUUUUGUGGAAGCUUUCCCGUCCAGGCUCAGGAAGCUCAGAGAGGACUAUUCACAGAUCAGAGACUUCUACGAAGCAAACAACGACCUGGACUCGGCGCUGCUGGACCAGAGCGUCGAGGACUCUUUUAAAAGCCCGUUCGCCUGCCACGCCAUGAACAGCUUACUGGACUUCUACCUGAGCACGGUGCUGCCUACAGCUGUGGCCGGAGUGACGCAGGAAACCCGGGAUUUAAAGCCCCAUGUGGAGUCCAUCCAGCAGAUCUUCGACGAGCUCAAGCGUGAUGUCACCAAAUGUAGGAACUACUUCUCCUGCAAGAAACAGUUUGACAUCAAGACUCUGAACGAUACCUACACACAGAUGGAGAGUAAAGGUUUAUAUAAAGCCAUGGGAGAACUGGACGUCCUCUUCAACUACAUUGAGACAUACCUGGCCUCCAAACGACGAAAUCACUGAGUGGGUCACUUUUAAACCAUCUAAAUAUGAACUUUGUUCAACUCAGGGAAGAACACAAACUCAGUGAUUGUAAUUCCUGCCAGUAUUUCUGGUACUGCAUAAUGGGUACCAGAUGUUUGCCUGCUGAACUAGCAUUUUUCCAUGUGAGAGUUUACCGUUUUGUCCCAAGGACAAGUUUCAGUUUUGGGACCAUAUUGUGUCUUAAAAGUGAAUAACAAUGCUGUGAACCAUAAUACUGUACUAUUUAUUUGAAUAACGAUGUAUUUAUUGCUAUUGAUACUAAAUAAAUGAUUUACUUUUA